UCACUCGUCAUGUGAUGCUCGCGCAGGGUUGAGAAGGGGUGACAGUGACAGUUGCUGCGGUUGGUCCUUUGUGCACUCGUGUGACUCCCUUUGAGUGAAGCGCCCUGAGCCGUGAUGGCGAGCGCCUAGGGGAAGGCGCAGACGAGCCCAGGGCCGCCUUCCCUCGCUGCGCUGGCCUCCCGGUCCCGGAGCGCGCCCGCGCCGUUGCUAGGCAGCCGCCUAUGGGCGCAGAGGGCGGGGCAGGCUUACGAGGAAGGGUCCGGUUGCUUGUGCACGGGAGAGGUUGUGACGCUGGGGCGUAAUAAUGCCAGGCAGAGGGCCAUGGAGCAGUACUGCAUCUUGGGCCGCAUAGGGGAGGGCGCUCAUGGCAUCGUCUUCAAGGCCAAGCACGUGGAGACUGGAGAGAUCGUGGCCCUCAAGAAGGUGGCCCUACGGCGGCUGGAGGAUGGCAUCCCCAACCAGGCCCUGCGGGAGAUCAAGGCCCUGCAGGAGAUUGAGGACAGUCAGUAUGUUGUGCAAUUGAAGGCUGUGUUCCCGCACAGUGCAGGCUUUGUGCUGGCCUUUGAGUACAUGCUGUCAGAUCUGGCUGAGGUGCUGCGCCACGCCCAGAGGCCACUGGCCCAGGCACAGGUCAAGAGCUAUUUGCAGAUGCUGCUCAAAGACGUCGCCUUCUGCCAUGCCAACAACAUUGUGCAUCGGGACCUGAAACCAGCCAACUUGCUAAUCAGCGCCUCGGGCCAGCUCAAGAUAGCGGACUUUGGCCUGGCCCGGGUCUUUUCCUCAGAUGGCAGCUGCCUCUACACGCACCAGGUGGCCACCAGGUGGUACCGAGCCCCUGAGCUCCUGUCUGGUGCCCGCCAGUACAAUCAGGGUGUUGACCUGUGGGCCGUGGGAUGCAUCCUGGGGGAGCUGUUGAACGGGUCCCCCCUUUUCCCAGGGGAGAAUGACAUCGAACAGCUUUGCUGUGUGCUUCGCAUCUUGGGCACCCCCAGCCCUCAAGUCUGGCCGGAGAUCACAGAGCUGCCUGACUACAACAAGAUCUCCUUCAAGGAGCAGGCACCCGUGCCCUUGGAGGAGGUGCUGCCCGAUGCCUCUCCCCAGGCCUUGGACCUGCUGGGGCGGUUCCUCCUCUACCCUCCACUCCAGCGCAUUGCAGCCUCCCAGGCCCUCCUGCACCAGUACUUCUUCACAGCUCCCCUGCCGGCCCACCCCUCGGAGCUGCCGAUUCCCCACCCCAGGGGACCUACCCCCAAGGUCCACCCAGCCCCCCACGUCCAUGACUUCCACGUGGACCAGCCUCUGGAGGAGUCGCUGUUGAACCCGGAGCUGAUUCGGCCCUUCAUCCUGGAGGGCUGA